AAGGAAGUCCCGCCUUACAGUGAAUCAUCCGGACUGAACUGAACUCCACUGUACUGAUUCACCAGCCAGAAUCCAGCAAAAUGACCGAAGCGUCGAUCAUUAAGACUGUUUGUGCUCAUAAUGGAUCUAUGAAUCAUGAUGAUUUGCUGUCAAAAUUCAGUCCCUUUGAUGAAGUUAUUGAUAGAAUCAUCAACAAGAGUGAAUCUUGUGCUGUUGUGUCUGUGAAUGGACAGAAGAAAGUGAUCAUCAAAACUAAAGUUCGGCUGUGCAGAGCCCAGAACUGCUCGGGCUGUGAAAACGUACAUCUGUGCAAAUUUUAUCUUUAUGGUUCAUGUCGCUUUGCUAAAGGAAGUUGGACUCUGCUCGGCGGCCAUGAUGUGGGAUGCUGGCUCGUCGACCAUGAUGUGGGACUCCGGCUCGGCAUCCGUAGGAGUCCUCCACAUAAUUUUCCAGGGAUCGACUCCCUUGAUGAAGUCAAAGAAGCUGGAUUGCUGGGUUCAUUUAGGCGAGGCUGUCGUUUCAGUCAUGAUGUGAUGUCAGGUCAGAAUGCAUUAGUUUUGUCUGCUCAUAAUCUGAACACACUGGACGCAAGAGAACUCUGUGUACUGUUACUACAGUCUGACAACACUCUCCUACCACCGGUGUGUCAUUCAUAUAAUAAUGGCACAGGACAGUACGGCCGCUGUCAGGACGGAGAGAACUGUAGGAGACUUCACAUCUGUGAGAAAUAUCUGUGCGGGCCCUGUGAAUGUCCCCGAGCUCAUGAUUUCUAUGAGCCUCAUCCACUGAAGACCCUGCAGGACAGAGGAGUGCCUACUGAACUCAUGACCAUCUUGAAGGAGAUUUACUCAAAUAUUCAAGCCCUGAAGAAUCUGUCCAGAUACACAAACACUGAUGGACAGAACAACAGAAGAGGCGCAAACACACAGAACCGAAGGCCCUCGACUACCAUUACUGCAGGCAGGCCCUUCCAUACAUCUAUAGAGAAAACGGAGAUCUGCAUGUAUUUCAUCAAAGGACACUGCAAGCACGGAGACUUGUGUAGAAAAGAGCAUUCCAGCGUGCCGUAUAAAUGGGAAGUUAAAGAAGGAUCUGAAUGGACAGCUCUUCCUGACAAUGAGGCAAUCGAGAAAGAUUACUGUAAUCCUGCAAAAACAUACAGCUCUGGAAUCAACCCGGUUUAUUUCAAUACGAUGACCCGAGGACUUCACAGUGUGCGCCGGCUGUCUACAGUCCCAUCAGUGAUUCAGCCCAACUUCAUUCUCACCACUGAGUGGCUCUGGUACUGGGAGAACGAGUUUGGAAACUGGAUCCAGUAUGCAACAGCAGAAGUGGGUCACAGGUUGUCAUCCAUCACGAGUGAGGAACUUGAGCAGAAAUAUCAGACUGACAACGGUGCUGUGGUGGAGUUCACAGCCGGAUCACAGACGUAUGAACUCAGCUGCGCAGAUAUGAUCCAGGCAAACAAACGCUACGGAACCAAAAGGCUCAUCAGACGUCGUCCUAAAUUCGUGUCAGCAGCUGAAGUACAAACCAUCAAGACAACUAAAAGAGCUCCGAGUAACUUCAAAGCUCUGCCGACACACUGGAAUAAAGCUCUGACUCCUGACACGGGAUACAAGAGAGUGUCGCUGCAAACUACAGACGGUGAAUACAGUGAAAUCAAACGGCUCUUCAAGACCACCAUGAGCGGCUUCAAAAUUCUGCGGAUUGAGAGAAUCCAGAACAAAGCAUUAUGGGAAGUGUUUCAGUGGCAGAUGGAUCGUAUGAAGAAGAACAAUGGAGGCAGAGAUGUGGCAGAGAAAAAGCUCUUCCAUGGCACAGACCCCAAGCAUGUGGAUGCCAUCUGCCUGAACAAUUUUGACUGGAGAAUCUGUGGAACUCACGGCACUGCGUACGGCAAAGGUAGUUACUUUGCCAGGGAUGCCAGUUACUCACACGGCUACACCAAGGAUUCAGGGACUCGUUCCAUGUUUGUUUGUCGUGUUCUGGUUGGCGACUACACCACAGGUCAUUCCAGCUACCUCCGGCCGCCCUCCAAAGAUGGAGGAGACACCAUCUUCUACGACAGCUGUGUAAAUGACAUCUGCAACCCAUCAAUAUUUGUUGUGUUUGAAAAGCACCAGAUCUACCCUGAGUAUCUCAUCGAAUACAAAGAUGCAAUUCAGUAUCACCCAAAAAUCCCUGCUGCAGUCGCGAGACCGGCACCGGUGAGGAGACCAGCCUCUGUUUCUGUUCACAGUGUGAAUCCCAGCACCAGAGUCACUCCCGUAUAUGCCUCAUCUUCAAAUCCCUUUUCCUCAUCUGUCACUUCUUCUCGUGCAUCUUCUUCAUCUUCGUCAUCCUUGUAUUCAGUUCCGACUCCGCCAAAGUCCUCCACGUCCUCCUCCAAGUCAGACUGCAUAAUUUCUAAUGGAGCGAUGGAUUAUGAGCGACUGCUGGAUAUCUCAUACGGACUAACAGAAAUAUUCCGGGACAGUUCACUGGAUAAAAUCGUCGAAAAUAGCGAGUUAUUCACUGUCAUACAACACAACGAAAGGAAGGAGGUUUUCGCUCAAACUCGCGUUAAAUUGUGUAAAGUGAAUGAGUGUAAUGAGGUGUGUAACGACAUACACCUGUGUAAAUAUCUACUCAUGACAGGAUACUGUAACAGUAAUGCCUCGGUUCACCACAUGAUCAACGAUGAUGGCCUGGACUUCAUAAGAGACAACAGUUCUGCCUUCCUCUCUCUGACGACCAACCCUUCGACGGGCCCCACACCCACCUCUCUGACCUCACUGUUGGUGCCCACGCCCACCUCUCUGACCUCUCUGUUGGUGCCCACGCUCACCUCUCUGACCUCACUGUUGGUGCCCACUCCCACCUCUCUGAUCUCUCUGUUGGUGCCCACGCCCACCUCUCUGACCUCUCUGUUGGUGCCCACGCUCACCUCUCUGACCUCACUGUUGUUGCCCACUCCCACCUCUCUGACCUCUCUGUUGGUGCCCACGCUCACCUCUCUGACCUCACUGUUGGUGCCCACUCCCACCUCUCUGAUCUCUCUGUUGGUGCCCACGCUCACCUCUCUGACCUCACCGCGAAGAUGCAGUUUUGGGCAUGAGCUGGUGUCACAGCACAACAUCAGAGUCCUGAGUGCGAAUCACAUGAUGUGUCUGAGCCGAGAAGAGCUGUGUGUGAUUUUACUGCAGUGUGACAGUAAUCUACUCCCUCCUCCACUGCCUCCUUUCCCAUCCUUAACCUUGUUACAUUGGUGCCGAAGCCCGGGAAGGAGGAGGGAUGCGCUGUCGUGGAGUCCUCGCCACUGCCAUCCACCCAAAGGAGCAGCCGCGGCCAUCCGCCGGGGGACGGAGGAGUUGCUGCUGGCCGCCUGGACGUGGAGGGGCGUUCCAUCCACCAGGGGUCAGAGGACUGGCUCCAGUCUGCCUGGGGAGGAGCGGCUGUCAUCUGCCAGAGGGUGGAGGAGUGAUCGAGGACCAGGCGACGGCGUGUCUCUCUCUCUCCUCUCUCUCUCACUGUCGCUCCGCCUUGCCCUUUCCCUCUCCUCUUUUUUUUGUUUGUUUUGUUUUUCCCUCCCCUCAUCCCCCUCCCCAGCCCUAAAGAGGCGGGGAAAAGCCUACCGGAAGGCGGGGCCAGAAGGGCAGACUGUAAAUGUGUGCGUGUCGUAUAAUAAAGGCUUUGGGCCGUACGGAAACUGUCCUGAGAAAGAGAGCUGCACGCGACUGCACAUGUGCAUGAGCUUCAUCAGAGGACGCUGCCAUGAAACAGGCUGCUGCAGGUCACAUGAUUUCCAUGAGCCUCAUCCAAUGGGAGUCCUGAAACGCAGAGGACUGUCCAGUCAGCUGAUGAGGUUGAUUCCGUUUAUCUACCGCAACCUUCUCACCCUGAAGAGUUACAGUAACACCAAAAACACUCGACCUGCCCUCAACAACAGAGUGAACACACACAACACAAGGUGUGAGUCACCAGAGACUCAUGCAGAAGAAAACAAGAUCUGCCUCUCAUUUGUCAGAGGCUACUGCAAUAGUGAUAAAUGCAGCAGAAUUCACUGUAAAACGCCCUAUAAGUGGCAGGUGAAGGUGUGCGGCACCUGGACUGACUUACCCAACAGUGAACACAUCGAGAGAGAUUACUGUGACCCGUCAAACAUACACAGUUCAGGGAACGACCCCGUUUGCUUUGAGGAAAUGAUUAUGGGUUUUGAUGAGGUCCGGCGCAUCUCUACAGAAUCCUCAGUGCUCCGACCCAGUUUUGUCCUCACCACGAGCUGGGCCUGGUACUGGAAAGAUGAGUGUAAUCACUGGAUCCAGUAUGCAUCAAUAAAGGAAAUGCACAGAUUGUCUUCAGUCAGCAGUGUCGACCUAGAGGAGAAAUAUCAGGAGUAUUUACGGCAAAAUGACCCCGCUGUUGUCAAGUUCAGAGUGGGCAGUCGUUUCUAUGAGCUCAAUUUCAAAGAUAUGAAACAGAGAAAUGAAGUGAGCGGGACUGAGCGACUUGUCAGACGUCGACCCGUGUUUGUGUCUUCAGUCGAUAUCAAUACUGCCAGAAACUGUGAGAAACACACCAAUGCCAGGCUUCACUUCUCUAAAGGUGUUCCUGGAUUUUGGGACCAAACAGCGAUUCCUGACUCUGGAUUUCAGAGAGUUCAUCUCCCACCAUCUCACAGAGAUUAUAGGAGAGUUCAGGAUCUCUUUAAUGAAUCUCUGGGAAGUUUUACUAUCCGACAGAUUGAGCGUGUGCAAAACAGGGAACUCUGGGAAAACUUUAUGAUGAAAAAAGAAGAAAUAAGAAAAGCAAACAAUGAGAAAUUUGGUGAGCGUCUUUUAUUCCACGGCACCAAAUCCUCUCUUGUGGAUGCAGUAUGUCACAGAAACGUUGACUUUGAGGUGUCUCGGGCAGCAGUAUAUGGACAAGGGAUUUAUUUCUCAAAAGACGCACAGUAUUCCCAUGAGAACACCAGCGGGUGUGGAGUGAGGAUGAUGUUUGUGUGCAGGGUGUUGCUUGGAUUCUACACCAGAGGAAAAGCCAGUUUUCGCUGUCCUCCAACCAAAGAUGCCAAAGGAAAUCUGUACGACAGUUGUGUGAACGAUCCACAUCAUCCCUCCGUUUUUGUGGUGUUUGACAGGUCACAGGUUUACCCAGAGUUCCUUGUUACGUAUGAGGAGAAAAACGUGUUUGAAGCAGCACCUGUUGUUCAGUCCAGUCCUAAUGCUCAUGUCGUAUCCGUCACGACGUGUAUCGCUCAGGUAAAUGUAAAGGAAACCAGCCAAACGCUUGAAGUCACAGAUUUUAAGCAAAACUCUGUCAAUUUACACACCACAGCGACAGCAGGUUCUGCUCCUGACCCAGAACUUACUGCAUCCUCUCCUAGCUCCUUCAGAGAAACAAACCCUCUCAUUACUGUUUUGAGCUCAACAUCACAUACAGCUCAGGGCUUCUCCACUCUUGUUCCUGCCUCAGAAGCUCCAAAAACUCUCAAUCAAGCUUCAAUGACUCAGAAAAGUGACGAUACUCCCGUUAUAAAACCACUUCAGUCCGGUGUCCAGCCUCGGCCAGUUGUCCCAUUGCGUAAUGUGGAAGUCUUGAGACUUUCAGAGACCCCUGAUGUCCAGCAUUACUCUGGGAAUGUCCAAAAAGCCACUCUGACCCCUAGUGCUUUGGAGUCACCUUCCGGUUCUGUGUCACAGAAGUCAAUGAUAUUUGAAGAGUUGGGAAGUGAGUCCACGGAUGCUCUGAAUACUGUGGUAAAAUACUCAACUAAGACUGGAGAUCUGGACAUGUCAUCCUAUCCGGUCCCGUCACCUCCCGUUGAGUUGAACAGACCCUCAGUGUCUCACGAUGCGUUGGUCUCACCCGCUCAGAAUGUGUCUCACUGCAGUGAAUCUCUUCAAGUGUCGAUCUCUUCAACGGCUUCCUCUCAUCAAAGUGUCCAUCCACAUUAUCACCCAGAAAACAACUCAAACAGAGACCGUAACGCAGAGAACAGCCCACGCAAUGCCUCCAAAACCCCAGCGCAGGAGAAACGCUGUGUUAUUCAGUGAUUUAGCUAUCUGUUGUGGACAUCACAUCACUGGUUAUAAUUUAAAGUCAAUUAAGUUACAAUACAAUUGUUGUGUUAUGUGUAGUAUUAUCCCUGCGGUGUGUGAAAAUGAAAGUAUUUGUGUUACAACUGCGUUCAAUAAAUCUUUUAUCAG